AUGAAUCAAAGAAAAGUUUCUAUUGUGAAUUAUAAACGAAACUUCACUCGAACAGUGAAAGUACAGUCGAUUAAGCGUUCUUCAUACAAUAAUAUUGCGAACAACAGAAAAGAGCUGUCAAAAAAAGUUCAGAUUAAAGUUCCUCCCCAACUCGACGAGCAAACUGAAAAGGAUUCAACCGAAAAGGUUGAUCCAAAGGUUCUGACUGCAUUUGAACGCGUUUUCAAAGGCCAUUUUGUUGAUAUACCCGCACCAUUAUCCAAAUUGGUGCGAGUGUUCACAAGUUCAACGUUCACGGAUACGACCGUUGAGCGAAAUGCCCUCAUGGAGAGCGUUUAUCCAGAGUUGAAAGAGUUUUGUCGAGAGACUCACGGUCUCGAUUUCCAGGUGGUUGACAUGCGUUGGGGUGUUCGUGAUGAAGCAACUGAUGAUCACAUGACAACCAAAUUGUGCAUGACCGAAAUCGCUAAUUGCCAACGACUUUCAGUGGGACCGAAUUUCGUGGUAUUUUUGUGUCAAAAAUACGGCUAUCGACCUCUGCCGUCGGAAAUUUUGUGCACCGAAUUGAAUAUGCUGAAGUGCUUGCUGCGUGAAGAACACGAGGAUACUUCACUGCUUGAUACGUGGUAUAUCCAAGAUGCGAAUGCUGUACCGCCAUUAUGCAUUCUACAACCAAUCAGUUCAAUCAUUGUCAACUUUAAUAAUAAGCGCAUUCCAAAACUGCAAAAGCAAGCCGCUUCAAUGUGGUGGGAUACAGAAGCACGUAUGCAGAAGAGUUUGAGGAAGGCAGCAAAAAUGUGCUACGACAGGGGACAGUUGUCACAUGAGCAAAUGCACAAUUAUUUCAUGUCAGUUACCGAACGAGAGGUGAUCCAUGGCAUCCUGAAAGGCAGAAACCCAAACGAGCACUGCCUAUGCUACGUUCGUCAUAUCAACAAUAUCGCUAUUUCACAAGCAAAAACCGCAUCCAAAUUUGUCGACAUCAUCAACGAUGAGAUCUGUUCUGAGGCUCAACAUUUGCUAUCGAAUCUACGCGAUGAACGCGUACCGAGUAGACUCGAUGUGGCCAACAUUCGACGAACAACAAUCGAAUGGUGUGAUAAUGGUGGUGUUGAUAAUGUGUUUCAUGCUGAGUAUAUCAAAGCUUUCUGCAAGGAUUUUUACGAUAGUAUCACGAAAAUGGUUAAUAAAGCGGUCAAAAAGCACGAAAAAUAUCGUGAGCGUCUGUUCAGUGAGGUGUUACAACAUAUUUCCAACGCAUUGGCAGUGAGUGCGAUGUUCUUUGGAAGAGACAACGAAUUGCGAGUUGCUGAAAAUUAUGUUCGAUCAACGUAUUUAAAGGGCGAAAAUGGCUGUGGUAAAACAUCAACGCUUGCGAAGAUCGCACGAGAGAUCAGACAUUGGUAUAGUGAUGAAGUGGAGCCAGUAAUAGUGCUUAGAUUUCUUGGUACUUCACCUGACAGUUCCAGCAUUACACCAUUACUAACGAGCGUUUGUGAUCAGCAUUCAAUUGUAUUUCAUAUCGCAUGCAAUUUCGAUGAAGAAUUACGCGGAACAAGUCCUACGGAGCUCUCGAAGCUGUUCAUGCACUUCAAAAAGAUGACUACAUUAGCUAAUGCACAAAGACCAUUGGUGAUCAUUUUCGACAGUUUGGAUUUACUGUCGAAUCUGGAUGGUGCACAUGAACUUCUGUGGUUUCCACCAACUUUACCCCCUCAUGUUAAGUUUUUCGUCUCAAUAACUCCUGGUGCGAGUCGAAUCGGAACCGUUAUAAAACGAUUCGUUGAAAGUGAUGAGCAAUACAUUCUGGUACCAUCACUUGGAAUGAGUCUAGCACUGGAAGUGGUAGCCGAAUGGCUGAAAUCAGCCGGUCGAACGCUAACGGAUCGUCAAUGGAAACUCGUAACGGAAGCACUUGCCGAAUGCACCCUGCCGCUCUUCGUCAAACUGAUUCACAUCACUGUCGCAAGAUGGAAAUCAUAUUCACGACCGCAUGAAACGCUGUUGUUUCAUUCAUUACAAGAGGGUAUUCAUGCUCUACUCGAUAGAACAGAGGGUCAACAUGGAAGUCUUCUUGUGUCGCAUGCACUCUCCUAUAUCACGGCUGCUCGAUCGGGUUUGAGUGAUUCAGAAGUGGAGGAUUUGAUAUCUUUGGACGACCAAGUACUUGAUGAUAUCUACCAGUAUCACUUGCCACCCAUACGAAGGAUUCCGCCUCUCUUAUGGAGUCGUAUUCGGGCCGAUUUGCCGGGAUACUUGAGUGAGAGGGCUGCUGAUGGUGUUAUUGUCUUGAACUGGUACCAUGAGCAAUUUCGUACAGCCGCAACGGAGCGGUAUUUUGGAGAUGUGCAUCACUUGAAACGUACACAUUCAGCGCUGGCUGAUUAUUUCCUUGGUAUAUGGGGCGGUGUUGCAAAACCUUUCCAGUAUACAGAAAUGCAAAAACAAAGGUUUGGUAUUGUUGACAAUGAAGGACUUGCGGACCGAAAGGUUCCUAAACAACCGAAUAUCUUUCAUUCGAAGGGCGGUAAACAGAUUCGUUACAAUAUGAGAAGAUUGAACGAACUGCCCUAUCAUUUAUUGAAAGCGAGACGCCUCAACGAAUUGCUCUCAUUGUGUUUAUUCAACUAUGAAUUCCUCUAUGCAAAGGUCUCAAGUUUUCCUCUACAAGCUGUGAUUGGCGAUUUUGAAAGCGCAAUUGUAGCCAUUGAUGAUGUGGAUACGAAACGUCAACUCAGCCUCGUGGCUGAUGCUUUCCGACUUUCGGCCAGCAUUCUCAGUCGACAUCCGUGUAUGUUGGCAUUCGAAUUGCUCGGUCGUCUGCUCCCAUUGGCUGCAGAUAACACUAGCCUGAGCUCUUUGCUCGUCAAAUGCGACAUUCAAGGACCACAAACCAGCUGUUUUCUGCCUGCACAUCAUGCGUUUCAUUCACCCGGAGGACCUCUCAAAUACUCAUUGGAGGAGCAUCAAUUCGCUGUCUUCGGUAUGGAGUUGACGUCCGACCAAAAGAUGCUAGUCACGAUAUCGAAUAUAUUCAUCAUUUGGGAUAUCACAACUGGAGAUAUCGCUCGAGUUGUAAAUCCGAAUAUUGAGGGGAUAUUUUUCGGUUUAGCACUUACCAAAGAUGACCGAUAUGCGGCCGCAUAUAGCAAUAAUAAUCAGGUAAUCUUGUUGUCCUUAAUAACAGGUGAAUUCAUCGACAUUGCACAUCAAUCGCUAUCACGUCAAAUGGAAAUUGAUAAUAUUUAUUUCACAUCGUCUAAUCACCUAUUGAUUUGGACAAAGUCAAAGUAUUACUUGUACGAUUUUCAAGGUAAACUCAUCGCUGAAGGUGAAGAGAAAUCUGCCGAAAAGGUGAACUAUCAUAUUCGUUUCGUCACAUGGUCAGGCGCAAGAGACGAUUGGUCUCUCGUGCUCAGCGGAAAACAAGAGGAUUAUACGGCGCCAGAUGGUUACUACACACUGCAACAGUUCACAUUCUGUGCAUCGUUGGCUUUCGAGGAUGACUCGUUCAUGUCUGGGUACUUAUGUAUUGAAUGCGAUACAAACUCGAGUAAGAUCGCCAUCUUAGCACUUGAUACGAUCGCUAUUCAAGUGGUAUUGGGCGACAAAAUUGCCGAUUGUAUCGACGAACGAGCAAACGCAAUAUUCAUAUGGAAACGACCGGAUGCUCAACCCAAAUGCUGGCUUGUUGCUGUUUUUGUUGAGGGUUUUCUCCUGUUCGAAACGAAACUCGCUCGCAAACUUGUAAAUCUCCGUUUGCCAACAGGCGUUCGGAAUAUCCCAAUUCGUCCAAUGCACACAACAACAGCCAUUACACUCGCUUCGGAAGAUAGAAUUUUUGUGGCUGGAGUACGAAAAUAUCUCUAUUUAUGGGAUAUGAAAACCGAGCAGUUAUUACGCUCUGUCGAUGCUCACUUCGGUCGUACGCUGAAUCUGUGUGCUCUAACAAUCAACGGACAAAAUGUUCUGUUAUCUUCAUCUCUUGAUCACAGCAUUAAAAUGUGGAACAUGGAAAAUAUUUUCGAAAAAUCGUUUUCCGUAUCGAUGAUGGAUCAACCGAUCGAAGCGAUUCACAUUGCUCGUAAUGCUCCGUCGAUGGCUGUUGUACAAACCAGAAAAAAUUUGGGCCUCUGGAAUGUGAGAUCACACAAAUAUAUCGCAACAUUAGUGGCCAACGAGCAUGGCGCAGUGGUUACGCACUGUAUGAUCUCAGCGGAUGCUCAGCAAAUCGUAUGCGUCGAAUCAGAAGCGUUGUUUGUUUGGGAUCUGCGUACACAGUCUGUAGUGCAGCGUAUGAAGGCAGCACAUGUGCAACAGAUUCUCUACUUGAAUCGCGAAAGAAUGAUCGGUAGCGUUGAUUCAGUUUUGCUCUCUUAUCAUCUUAUCGCCAACAUUCAAUUAUCCAAAACGUUACUGUUUCGUGAUCGAACUCAGCCUCUGUUAUUUGGGUAUAUAACACGAAUGUAG